AUGUUUCGAAAUAAUUACGACAACGAUUCUGUGACGUACUCCCCAACGGGAAGACUUUUUCAGGUGGAGUACGCUCUGGAGGCCAUCAAGCAGGGAUCUGCUACUGUAGGUCUAGUUUCGAAGACUCAUGUAGUUUUAGUUGCAUUGAAGAGGAAUGCCGAAGAAUUGGGUUCCUACCAGAAGAAAAUUAUUGAAAUCGAUGAUCACAUGGGUAUAGCAUUAGCCGGUUUAGCUCCUGAUGCCAGAGUGUUGUCCAAUUAUCUGAGACAGCAGGCUAUGAAUUCCAAGAUGGUUUUCAACAGGCCGUUAUCUAUUACAAAAGCUGCAUUUUCCAUAGCGGACAAAGCUCAAGAGAACACACAACAGUACGGUGGAAGGCCAUACGGAGUAGGUCUUUUGGUUGGAGGUGUUGAUGAGACAGGACCUCAUCUGUUUGAGUUCCAACCUUCAGGAUCUGUUCUUGAGUAUCACGGAGCUGCUCUUGGAGCUAGAUCACAAGCGGGUAGAACGCUGUUGGAAAGAUCUUUGGAGGAGAUCAAAACUGCUUCACGUCAAGAAUUAAUCAAGUUGGGCUUGCUUGCCCUGAGAGACACGUUAGCUCAAGAUAAGGAGCUUACUGCUGCUAACACAAGUGUCAGCGUCGUUGGAAUAGAUGAAAAAUUUACUCUUUACGAUGAUGAAGAUGUCCAACAGUGGCUAGACCUUCUAGAUUCCACUGCCAAUUCCAGAAAUAGAGAUACUCACGACGCUCCAGAAGAUGACAAUGACAACACGACUGCUCCAGAUGCAGGCGUCGAUACGGAAGGAGAUGUUCCUGUACAGGAUGCUGAUUAG